UGGAUUUUGAAGAGCAUACGCCAUAUUGAAUUCCCGUAGGAAUCGGCUAGCAAAUUUUCGAGCUAGCGGUGUAAAAGGGGGCCACUUUAUCAAUGGUCCUAAUUCGGUUUAAUGUUCAAACGUGUCUGUUCUCGUAACCCCGGACAGCGUAGCGACCUUUGAAAGGUCCGAGAAGCGGCGCAGGUUCAUCACGGGCUCGGAAGUGUUAGGGACUUGUCGGGGGGGUUACCAGAGAAAGAAGUUGAAUGGAUCCGAGGGUAGCUUGGAUUCAGCCCGAACAGAAAGGACCUGCGAACGCCUUAUGGAUGCACGUCUGGGAGACCUCUCAGGGAGUACGGACUCUCUCCGCUCAGCAGCAGCUCCACAAUCAAAACCACAACCAGUGUGUGAAUUACGCGGUUUUAAAAAAUGUGGCGACCGCCGUGGCUUCGAGCAAGAGCAUCUGCAGCAGCAACGGUAACGUUACAGGAAGCCUGAGCAACGGCAGCAGCCAUCGUAGCAUCACGAACGGCGCUGCACACAGUAGUAGCGGUAACGGCAAUGCGAUUCCUCCGCUGGGGAGAGCACUGUCCAACAGGAACGUACACAACUCUUUAACCCCGUCGAACAUCAGCGAGCCAGGUGAGGGGAAAACUGCGUCCCAUAAAACGGGAUCUGCCUCGUCUUCGCAGGAAUCCGGGACGGACAGUCCCCCCUCCAGCUGCUCACUCGAGAGGACUAUGGAUAGAAAUGUUACGGGGAGUAUUAAUAAUAACGUCGGGGGUGCCAACCUGCUCUUCAACUUGAGAGACAGCAUGGACAAUAAUGUCAACCUUUACCAUCACCGUCACCCGCAGGAGCACCAGGCUUUCAAGUUACAGCAGAUUUGCGUGAACCAGCAUCAGGUUCACCCCUCUGUACCUAUUAAUCAACCACACAGUCACCACCCGGGCCGAAGGAAAAGUGACAACAAGGCGAGCACUUAUGGGAUGAAUUAUUCGAUUUCUAACUGCACUAAUGGCAAUUAUGCGAGCACUUGCACGCCCUGGAAGACGAGGGAGUACAGCCCAGGGGUACUCGGACUCCACGAAGAGGUGAUGGAUUUCUACAAAUACAUAUCUCCUCGGCCGGAGGAGGCAGCUAUGAGGAAGGAGGUGGUGAACCGGAUAGAGGUGGUCAUCAAGGAGCUGUGGCCUACUGUUGAUGUCCAAAUAUAUGGCAGCUUCAGCACAGGGCUGUACCUUCCAACAAGUGAUAUUGACCUGAUGGUGACUGGGAAGUGGGAGCGCCCGCCACUGCAAGAGCUUGAACAAGCUCUUCGCAAGCAUGAAGUUGCCGACCCUAACUCCAUUAAAGUGCUGGACAAGGCUACAGUGCCAAUCAUCAAGCUGACCGACCAGAGGACUGACGUCAAGGUGGACAUCAGUUUUAACGUAGAGACUGGAGUCAAGGCUGCAAGCUUCAUUAAAGGCUACAUGAAGAAGUAUCCAGUGCUGCCUUACCUGAUCUUCGUGCUGAAGCAGUUUCUGCUGCAGAGGGAUCUAAACGAAGUCUUCACCGGGGGCAUCAGCUCCUACAGUCUCAUCCUCAUGGUCAUCAGUUUCCUACAGCUCCAUCCUCGUAUCGAUCCCACCAACCCCAGUGAGAACCUGGGAGUGUUACUCAUCGAGUUCUUUGAGUUGUAUGGCCGUAAUUUCAACUACUUGAAAACAGGGAUUCGCAUUAAAAAUGGAGGCGCAUACAUAGCCAAAGAGGAGAUUAUGAAGGGCAUGACAAAUGGAUACAGGCCAUCCAUGCUCUACAUAGAGGACCCUCUACUUCCAGGUAAUGACGUGGGAAGGGGUUCCUACGGUGCCAUGCAAGUCAAGGAGGUGUUUAAUUAUGCUUUCAUUGUCCUGAGUCAUGCUGUCUCCCCGCUUGCACAGUCAUAUCCCAACAAAGACUGUGAAAGCACAUUGGGGAGGAUAAUCAGGUUGACCAAGGAAGUGAUCAACUACAGGGAAUGGAUCGUUAAGAAGUGGGGGGGCAGAGAUUUGGUGCGACCGGACAACAGAGUGUCGCCUCCCAAAAAGCCUGUGUCGGAGCAAGAGAACUGUGUGCUGGGAGGUGGUGUUGGGUCAGAUGAGCAGCAAAGGGAUUCGGUGUCACCCCACAGCGCGGACUCUCCCAUGUCCAUCUCCAGCCCCCAGCAGCACUCGUCCGCCUCAUCAGUGUCCUCACUGUCUGGGUCUGAUAACGACUCUGAUUCAGCGUUGCCAUGUCCCCUCCCUCCACCAACCCUGCCAGCUUACCCGCCUUUCCCACCACUCGGCCUAGCUUUAACUCCAGGCCUCAACAUGAGCACCGGCAAACCUGGCAUGGGGGGACACCAUCUGCUCAUGCCUCCAGGUUCCCAGGCUCGCGUCUCACUGCCCGGUGGUCUAGCAAUGCACUCCAUGCCUGGCAGACAGGUGUGUAUAGACACCGGGCUCCCCCCCUUCUUCCACAUGCACCCCCCAGCCCAUGCUCAUGCCCCUGCCCCUUCCAGCCCCCAGCCUCCGCCCAGUCCCCACUCCAGCCACACACAUAAGAACGGAGCCAAGUUCAACGGGAAGGGCUUCCACAAUCCGCCACUGGUCAACAAUGCUGUUAUGGCUAACCGUGGAUACACGCAGCAUCACCGCAACACUUGGCGACGCAGGAAGAGGGACAGCCUGCCGGUUAGCCUGAGCAGAUAGAAACCUCUCUUCGCCGUUUCCUCAGUCUCCUCUCCGACCGCAUGCCGUGGCUCUUCGUUCGUCUUGAAGGAGGAUGGACAGGCAGACAAGAGGACCAGAGACCAGCAGUUUUUACUCCGAGGGCUCCUCGACAUGGAACAGCAGCCCUCAGCUCUGCAUCUUCCUCCUCUCUGUACCUUCCCUCCCCUUUUUCUUUUCUUUUUUUUGCAUGACUUUAAUUCCAUUUUUUUUUCAGUAUUGUGUCUUCCUUCUCUGCAUUCAGGUCGGUUUACUUUUUUGGAACUUGGCAUUGACAGUAUUGCUAAGCUCACUUGACCUCAUCUCGACCCUUGCAGCCAAGCUGCCCACGGUUUCCUUUUUACAGUUAAUACACUUAAAAACAAACGUUUUUUUUCUCCAUUUUGUGCAAUAAUGUUAUUUUUCUUUUUGAAACUAAAGUAAGAGCUUAUUUAAUUUC